AAAAAACCAAAUAAUAUUAACAAAAAUUAAAAAAAAAACUUAAUUGAUAUUUAAUGUUAUGGGAUUUUUCUAAAAUGUUUAGCGAUUUUUCAUUGUUCCUCGUUAUAAAAAUUAAAAACGCAACAAUUAUUGUCUCAGUUGCGAAAUUGUGUGGUAACGAAAACAACCAACUAACGGUAACGCGUAAAAAAUUUCAAAAAAUUUAAACAAAAAAAAUUUAAAUAAAAAAAAAGACACCCAAACUCCGUCUUCAGUGAUCCAGUUAAAAAAAUAAAAUUCCGUGAAAAAAAUUUUUUUUUUUUAAUAAAUUUCCUUUUACGCUCAAACAAAAACAUUAUGCACAACACACGCAUUGCCGAUUCUGCUCGCCUUACACAUCUGCUGCUCUUAUUGCUGCUGCUGCUCACUGUAACGUGCAUACAUAACGCACACGCGCAAUUCGGUUACUAUCCCGGCAUUGGUUAUGGUGGUUACGCCGGCGGUUUUGGUGGCGGUUACGGUGGUUCUGGCUUGGGAGGAGGUUAUGGAUUUGGCGGCGGCAGUGCUGGUUAUGGUGGCUACCCCGGCUAUGGUGGCUAUCCGCAAUAUUCCCCCUACUAUGGUAGCGGUUAUGGCAAUACGUAUCCGUGUUAUGGCAGCUACUAUUGUCUCGGUGGUUUUCCCAGCUAUGGAGGUUAUCCAUUUUACGGCAAUGGCAUGAGUACGGCGUUCGCGAGCAGUAGUGGCGGUGGUGUGGCCAGUGCAUCGGCAAGUGGUGGCGGUGGUGGCGGUUUCUUUGGCUAGGCGCAGGUGGCAUGAGGGAGCUAAUGUGAGGCUCGUCGUAAGCUUCGUUGCAGAAGUACAAAAUUCAUUAUUUUUGUUUGGUUGCUUUAUUCAAUUUAAUAUAGUUUAAGUUAAGCUUAAGUAGUUGGUUAAAAUAUACCUUUGUUGUUGUUUUUUGGAGUUAAUAAAACUUUAUUUAUUAUUAUAUUAUUUUUUAUUAAUACUAAAGGAAAUAGCUCUCUGACUGGACCAAACGGCUUUCCACGGAAGUCCGCUGAACACUGGCAUGGAAAUGAUUGACCUUUAAAAAACUACAGAGGUCCGUUUAUCACUGUCAUCGAGAUGACCAAUGGACCAUUUGAGGCUGUUCACUUCGACACUUAUUACUGGUGUCAAAGUCGCCUUUAGACCAUUUGUGGCGAUUCUUCUGCCCGCUUCAUAGUAGGUCCGCUUAUCACUGUCAUCGAGAUGACCCUUAGACCAUUUGUGGCGAUUCUUCUGCCUGCUUCAUUGGUUAUGUGGCGGGGAUGACGAAUAGCAGUGCGGCAUAUCUGAUUCGCUUGCUUGGGUUCGCGCAGGAUUGGAGCUUGGCUCUUAACCCGUUUAGAAUAUUGUACCAGCAAAAUGCCAAAAUGCCGUUUUUAUCUUAUAUUCCUGGUGAGACGGUUCUCCUUUGACUCAACUUACAGUUUUCCAUUUCUUUCCAGAGGAAGAGACUUUUUGCCUCUACAAAACCUUUGGAGCUGCGCGUGUUGCGUGCUUCCUCUGACGUUUGCUUUUGGGUUUUGGAAUCGUAGGGUUGUAUGAAAGUAGAUUGCAUAGUAUUGGUGCUAGACGCUAAGCUCGUUUAGAGUCUUGUGAGUCUGUUGAAACGGUUUAAACUUCUAACCAAGCGGUUUAGUUGGCGGAAGCUUUCUUAGAUCAAGAAGGUCUUGGAAGCACAAUGGGUUUUGAAAGAGUGUCCCGUGGUAAUGUUGUUGUAGCAGCUUCUGGGUCCUUUCUGCUUCACCGCCGCGGUUGCUGAAGAAGUGUGGGGCCGUUUAAUGUCGCCACAUCCAGCGGCUGCAUUUUUACCAGUUCGUUGGUCCGCUUUUUCCUUGAUUA